AUGCCAGACGUGAUAGAGCUUGGCAAGGCGAAUGUCUUCAGCGCUGGACGUAGCUCGACCAAAUAUUUUAAAGAUGGCUAUUUUGACUACAACUUCUCCAAGUUCUUGGGGCUUGCAACCUAUUCCGGUGCUGAAAUAGCCGAGUGCUUCGAGACAGCGGCGAGAAUCAGGGAUGGUGACACUGAAAGCUGGAUAGAAGCAUGGCUAUCUACUGCGCGCCGUGUGGAAGCAUACGCCGAGAAUGCAAUCAAGGGAGGUCACAAAGUCAGCGCCAAGGAAGCCUGGCUACGUGCAACCACAUACUAUCAAGCAGCGCUCUUCUUCACGCUGGACACGGAUCCACGAAAAGACGAGAUCUACCAGAAGCACACAGGAUGUUUUCAGUCAGCUGGCAAGCUUUUUGAGCCGCCCUUGGAAGUUCUUUCCAUUCCAUAUGAAGGAAAAUCUUUGUUUGGCUAUUUCUUACGCGUCGACGAUAAGCCUCGGCCCACUGUGCUUAUCCAAAUGGGUGCAGACGGUAGUUCUGAGCAAAUAUACUUUUCUGGAGGCGGUGCUGCUGCUCUACGCCGAGGGUACAAUGCUCUCAUCUUUGAAGGACCAGGACAGACAGGAACCUUCAUGCGGGAUCGGUCUGUGACAUAUCGCUCUGACUGGGAGGUUCCCGUGAGAGCGGUAGUCGAUUUUGCGCUUACAAAGAAAGAGAUCGACCCUGAGAAGAUAGCUCUUAUAGCGUACAGCUUGGGAGGCUACUUCGGACCACGUGCUGUGGCGUUUGAGAAGCGCAUAGCUGCCUGCAUCUGUAGUGGCUUGGUCCCUGACGCAGCACAGUUGGCUGGAUCCCGGACUAUUGCUCUGCAGAAAAUGAAAGAGACUGGCAACACAGACUACAAUCACUCCCAGAAGUACGUUUUAUUUGAGCACAUGCCAAAGUAUGGUUUCAAUAACGGCAUUGAAGACUUCGAUGAGUUUGUCGCAUUCUGGCAGAAGUUGAAUCUGUACGGGCUUGAAGACAAAAUAACUUGUCCUUUACUUGUCGUUCAAGCGGCCGCCGAGGGAGAGCACCAGACAAAACUCGCCAAGGAUUUCUUCGAUAAAUUGCCUAACCCACAGAACAAGUUUAGAUUGACCACUGAAGACGAUGCUGCGGAAAUGCAUUGCCAGAAAGGAAACGCAAUGCUGUUGCAUGCCAUUGAGUUUGACUGGCUAGAUGAUAUCCUGGGAUUGACUCACGGUGCCACCAAUGGAGUCGCUUGA